AUGGUGUUUCCAAUUGUAAGCCGCCUAAAUUAUUCAGAGUAUCAAGCCUUAAUUGUUGGUUUGAUAUUCUUAAUUUUAGAAAAAUUGCUAAGAGUGGUUACAUUUUUUUUACCAAGUGCUAUCGUAAAAUGUCUGCAAACUGAGAGUCAAAGGUUGUUCGCACAAGUCUACAAAGAUGAAAGAACAGCAUCUAUAAAGUUGCUUCAAGGAUUUGAAAGUUUCAAAGAAUUAGUUAAUUAUUGGGGUUAUCCGGUUGAAGAGCAUAUUGUUAGAACACAAGACAAUUACAUUUUGGGAAUUCAACGCAUUCCUCACGGAAGAAUCAUUCCUGAUGAUGACGAACCUAUUCACAUACUUAACACAUCUCUUAAUGACGACGAUAAUGAAACCCAGCAACAACACGAAUCUAUAGAAUCUUUAUUCAGAAGAUGCGGUAUUUCGUUAAAUACAAUUCGGCGUCCUAACAGAGACAAUGAUGAAUUAUUUCAUAGUGAUGAUAAUCUAGAUAAAAAUUCUAAUAGUGCUGGACUAUCAAAUAUGACUAAUACUCAAAAAUCUACUGAUGAUAAUUUGUCAAAACGACAUGCUACUUCUUCGAUUUACUCUUCUAAAUCUAUGGAUAGUAGAGGAACAAACAGCGAACUAAACGAAAGAAGUGAAUGUAUUAAACCUGUUGUAUUAUUUUAUCAUGGGUUAAUGACCUGUAGCGAACUUUGGGUUUGUAAUUAUGAAUAUGAAAAUAGAUUAUGCUGUUUACUGGCUGACGCUGGUUAUGAUGUAUGGUUUGGUAACUCUCGAGGAAACAAAUAUUCUAUGAAACACAUAAAAUGUGAUCCAAACGGACGUAAAUUCUGGGAUUAUUCAAUGGAUGAAUUGGCCAUUUAUGAUUUGCCAGAUACUAUUAAUUAUAUAUUAGAAAUAACAGGUGCUCCAUCUUUGUCAUAUAUUGGAUUUUCUCAAGGAACCGCACAAUGCUUUGCGGCAUUAUCGAUAAAUCCAAAGAUCAACAAUAAGAUUAAUUUAUUUAUUGCUCUGUCUCCAGCAACCAGCCCUAAAGGUCUUAGUAAUUCUAUAGUAAAUGCAUUUAUAAAAACAUCACCAAAUAUAAUCUAUUUAUUCUUUGGUCGUAAAGCAAUGUUAACAAUGGCAUUAUUUUGGAAACAAAUAUUACCACCUCCUAUCUUUACUAAAAUAGUAGACUUCGCAUUGAAAUUUUUAUUUGGAUGGAAUUGUGAAAAUAUUAAUGAAACUCAAAAGGCUAUUGGAUAUUAUCAUUUAUAUAGUUGUAGCAGUGUCAAAAGUGUUGUGCACUGGUUCCAAAUUAUUAGAGCUCAUAAUUUUCAAAUGUAUGACGAAUUGCCCACAUAUUCAUAUACAACAGCAUUCGGUAAAACCUGUCAGAGAUUUCCAACGCAGCAAAUUACUGCACCAAUAGCAAUAUUUUAUGGAGGCCGUGAUAGUUUGGCAGAUAUGACUAUGUUGCUAGAACAAAUUCCUAAACCUGUACUUGUUAGAGAAAUCUCAGAAUACGAACAUUUAGACUUUAUAUGGGCAUCGGAUAUAAAUCAUAAAAUAUUUCCAGUGAUAUUUUAUUUAUUACGUAAAUACAACGUUAUUGAUGAUCGUGACUUUGGAUAUUCUUCUGAUGAACCAUCUGAUAUCGAACAAAAUUAUAACGUAUUUGAUUAUGAUGAUUAUGAUAACGAUAAUCAGUCCAGGGGUAACACUCACCAACAACCGGAAGAAGUUAUUCAACGUAGUACGAAGGUUGGUGAACACCAUGAUAAUGAAUCAUUAGAUAGAGAAUCACAAUAUGAUCAAGAAGUUAUUACUCAAAGUCAAUACCAAGAAAUUAGUGAUAGUAAAAGCUACGAUAGCAAUGAAUUUGAACAAGGAAGUUCUGAUGAAUCAGAUCAGCUUACACGUGAAAUAAUUUAUCAAGAGGACUAUUAUGAUGAUGAUAUUGAGUAUGCUAAG